AUGGUGGAGGUUGAACCUUCGUACAUCGGUGCGACUCAAGGACUUUGUGGGAUAUAUAACGGCAACCAAGCAGAUGACUGCUACACACGAGGAGGCAUGCCUAUUGACAACAUGGAUGAAUUUGGAAACAGCUGGAAGGCUAGUGCCUGUCCAGAUGUACAUACAGGGCUGACUCUCAUCAGCCCAUGCGACCUGGUGACACCACGAACUGGCCAAGCAAACAGACUGUGUGCCGUUAUAAAAAGCAGUGUCUUUGCGAAUUGUCAUCCUGAGGUGGACCCUGACUUCUACUUUGAAAAGUGCAGAGAUGACACCUGUAGAUGUGAAAGAGGGCUAAGUUGCACCUGCGAAUCUGUUGCCCACUAUGCCUACUUGUGUAAGAAGUGCGGCCACAUCAAUAGCUGGAUAGAUGCUCCAGAACUCGAAGGCGCUUGCAGUGUGACCUGUCCACCUGGGAAAGUUUACCAGGAAUGUGGAAGUUCCUGCGGCCGCACGUGCAGAGAACUCGCCGAAGAAGACCACCUGUGUGACGAUCAAUGUGUCGACGGCUGCAACUGUCCUCCAGGCCAAUACGAAACCCCGGAGGGUACAUGUGUGUUCAAGCGAGACUGCCCUUGCUACUUCGAGGGACGCCAGUGCUACAACGGCGAAGUGAUGUGUACCAGUCCUGGGGGUGAACCAGAAAGUUGUCCCGAGGGUCAGAAUUACAUUGACUGUAGCGCACCGGAGCACGCCAACACCCAGGGUGCAGCCUGCCAGUCGACUUGUGAGACGCUGGGCCAGGAAUCACUCUGCUUUGCAACAACAUGUGUCUCAGGAUGCGUCUGCCCGGGGAACCUAGUGAAGGAUGGCGACAGAUGUGUAGAACCGGAAAACUGCCGGUGUCGCUACGGAGGCCACUGGUAUGAGAGGGAUGACUUUGUGAUCAAGGAAUGCAACACCUGUUAUUGCAAUGGAGGAAUGUGGAACUGCACAUUUAAGCAGUGUGAUGGCACCUGCACGAUCUACGGAGACCCCCACUACUUUACCUUUGAUGGAAUAAGAUUCAGGUUCCAGGGAGACUGUGGCUAUGUGUUAGCUACGGAUCACUGCCAUAACCAAACGGGCCGGUUCAGGGUGGUUGCUGAGAAUGUUCCUUGUGGCACCACCGGCGCAACCUGUGCCAAGUCUAUCACCAUCACCCUCCAGCUCUUGGAGAUCAUCCUGGAACCAGACAAAGAACCGUUCACCCGAGCCGUGGCAGGCUCCCUGUAUGGAUUCACACAAUUUAACUGGAGAAUCUUUUCCAUCGGUUUCUUCACCAUUGUGCAGGUGGAUAUUGGUCUUACAAUCAUCUGGGAUAGGGGGACAAGAAUCAGGAUCAAGCUGUCACCCCACCACCAGGGAAAAGUAUGCGGGAUGUGUGGUAACUUUAACAACAACCCCAAUGAUGACUUCACAACUCGCAACCAAGACCCGGUUUCCACUGGCUACCACUUUGGCAACAGCUGGAAAAUAUCGUCGGCUUGUCCAGACCAAACAAAGGUCAUUUCUCCAUGUGAGCGCAACCCUCAUCGUGAACCUUGGGCUCGGCGGCACUGCAGUAUCAUUGUGAACGAGGAGCUCUUUGGCAGCUGCCAUAGUGUGGUCAACCCCAAGCCAUACUACGAUGCUUGUGUUUAUGACACAUGCGGAUGUGACAGCGGUGGUGAUUGCGAAUGCUUCUGCACAGCUGUUGCUGCAUUUGCUGACAAAUGUAGUACGUACGGCUUCCACGUGCGCUGGAGAACUCAAGAAAUAUGUCCUACACAGUGUGAGGACCUGAACGUAGACGAUGAGUGUGAGUGGCACUAUGACCCAUGUGGGACAGCCUGCCCGCCGACGUGUGAGGACCCAUGGCCUGAGUGCCAUUAUGGUGAAGAAUAUUCCCUAGGAAUAUCCUGCUACCAGAUUGGACCAGAAGAGGCUAGUUAUCACGAUGCAAAAAUAUACUGUGCUGCUAACGGUGGCAUCAUGGUGACUCUAUCAUCUGCAGAUGAAGUGGGAUUUGCGAUGGACAAUUUUGGAGGUAACACAUUCUUUGUGAAUGCACACUGGUCAACAGCACAGAAUGCCUGGCUUUUGGACGACGGGACACCUGCCAGCCAACUCGACCCGCUAAAUCCGCCUGACGGUUCCUCUACCGAGAAAUGCCUGGUGAUGAUGAAUGGACUACUCACUGCUGCAUCUUGUGACGAUGCAUAUCAAUUCAUCUGCGAAAACACCGGGACGCCAGGAGCAGAGGACGAAGACGACGAGGCAGCACGAGACGAAGGAUUUGACAUCUGUGACGAACCCAUGGAUAUCGAGUGUCGUAACGUACGCACGGGAGACGUACUGGAGAAUGGAGAAACCUCAGAUGGCCUUAGCUGUACCUUAGAGCAUGGUGCUCAAUGUUCAUAUGACUGUGAAAAUUAUGAAGUACGGUACCGAUGUUGCCACGUCAUGCCGCAAUGUACAACAACAGUAGCACCCACAACUGCAGCACCACCCACCACAACUGCUGCACCACCCACAACUACUGCAGCACCACCCACCACAACUGCAGCACCACCCACCACAACUGCUGCACCACCCACAACUACUGCUGCACCACCCACAACGACUGCAGCACCACCCACCACUACUGCAGCACCACCCACCACUACUGCAGCACCACCCACCACUACUGCAGCACCACCCACAACAAUAUGUGAACCUCAGUUGGUUUGGUCUCCCUGGAUAGAUCUGCACUGUCCUCCAACAAUAUGUCAGGAUGACGUGGAAGAUUCCCUUGGAUUAUCCUGCUAUCACCUUCCACCAGAAGAAUUCACAUAUCCACAAGCAAAAAUAUACUGUGAGAUGAUCGAUGGUGGCACUGUGGUGAUUCUGGACAGUCCGGAUGAAGCGGUAUAUGUAAUGGAACUAUUUGAUGGUGAGGUAUUCUUUGUGAACGCACACUGGUCAACAGACGAGGAGAAAUGGCUCUUGGAUGAUGGGACACCUGCUUUCGAGGGGUACCCGAUAGAUGUGCCUCCAGGUUCCUCCGAUACGCCAUGCCUCCUAAGUAUGAAUGGAGUACUUACUCCAGCCACUUGUGACGAGGCAAGGAAUUUCCUUUGUGAACUACCAGGAACACCGGGUCCAGAGGAUGAAGACGAUGAGACAGCACGAGAUGAAGGAUAUGACAUCUGUGAAAAUCCCAUAGAUAUUCAGUGUCAAAACCUGAUCACCGGUGAAAUACUGGAGAAUGGAGAUGUGGGGUCAGAUGGCCUUGUGUGCACCUUAGAGGAUGGUGCUCAAUGUGACAACAACUGUGACAACUAUCAAGUCAGAUACGAAUGUUCGUAUCCAAUGCCAGAAUGUACAACACCGGCACCACCCACAACUACUGCAGCACCUCCCACAACAACUGCAGCACCACCCACAACAACUGCAGCACCACACACAACUACUGCAGCACCACCCACAACGACUGCAGCACCACCAACAACGACUGCAGCACCACCCACAACUACUGCAGCACCACCCACAACUACUGCAGCACCACCCACAACGACUGCAGCACCAACAACAACGACUGCAGCACCACCCACAACGACUGCAGCACCACCCACAACGACUGCAGCACCACCCACAACUACUGCAGCACCACCCACAACUACUGCAGCACCACCCACAACGACUGCAGCACCACCCACAACUACUGCAGCACCACCCACAACGACUGCAGCACCACCCACAACUACUGCUGCACCACCCACAACGACUGCAGCACCACCCACCACUACUGCAGCACCACCCACCACUACUGCAGCACCACCCACAACAAUAUGUGAACCUCAGUUGGUUUGGUCUCCCUGGAUAGAUCUGCACUGUCCUCCAACAACAUGUCCGUAUGACUUGGAACAUUCCCUUGGAUUAUCCUGCUAUCAGCUUCCACCAGAAGAAUUCACAUAUCCACAAGCAAAGAUAUACUGUGAGAUGAUUGCUGGUGGCACCGUGGUGAUUCUGGACAGUCCGGAUGAAGCGGUAUAUGUAAUGGAACUAUUUGAUGGUGAGGUAUUCUUUGUGAACGCACACUGGUCAACAGACGAGGAGAAAUGGCUCUUGGAUGAUGGGACACCUGCUUUCGAGGGGUACCCGAUAGAUGUGCCUCCAGGUUCCUCCGAUACGCCAUGCCUCCUAAGUAUGAAUGGAGUACUUACUCCAGCCACUUGUGACGAGGCAAGGAACUUCCUUUGUGAAAUACCAGGAACACCAGGUCCAGAGGAUGAAGACGAUGAGACAGCACGAGAUGAAGGAUAUGACAUCUGUGAAAAUCCCAUAGAUAUUGAGUGUGAAAACCAAAACACCGGUGAAAUACUGGAGAAUGGACAGGAGGGGUCAGAUGGUCUUGUGUGCAGCUUAGAGAAUGGUGCUCAAUGUGACUACAACUGUGACAACUAUCAAGUAAGAUGGUUAUGUUCCUAUCCAAUGCCACAAUGUACAACAACUGCACCACCAACCACAGCACCACCACCCACAACUACUGCAGCACCACCACCCACAACUACUGCAGCACCACCACCCACAACUACUGCAGCCCCACCACCCACAACUACUGCAGCACCACCACCCACAACAACUGCAGCACCACCACCCACAACUACUGCAGCACCACCACCCACAACUACUGCAGCACCACCACCCACAACUACUGCACCACCACCACCCACAACUACUGCACCACCACCACCCACAACUACUGCACCACCACCACCCACAACUACUGCACCACCACCACCCACAACUACUGCACCACCACCACCCACAACUACUGCAGCACCACCACCCACAACUACUGCAGCACCACCACCCACAACAACUGCAGCACCACCACCCACAACUACUGCAGCACCACCACCCACAACUACUGCAGCACCACCACCCACAACAACUGCAGCUCCACCCACAACAGGACCACCCCCAACCACAAUAUGUGAACCUGUAUGCUUAUGGACCGAGUGGAUAGACACACACUGCCCCCCAACAGAGUGUGCAGAUGACAAUGACAUGUCCUUGGGAGAAGAAUGCUAUCAUUAUGAAACGGAGGAAGAGGACAAGGAAUCUGCAGAGUUGAUUUGCCAGCAAGGUGGUGGAAGCUUGUUGACUCUGUCGUCCCCAGAUGAAUAUGGUUUCAUAAUGGAUACGUAUGGAGAAAAUACAUUCUAUGUGGGAGCCCAGUGGACAGAUGGAGCUUGGGCUUGGGACGAUGGAACCACUGAGGGAUUGGACCUUCUUGUUCUGCUUGAGGUUCCUAACGGGAGUGAUGCUGAACCUUGUCUAAUGAUGAUGGCUGGAGAUCUUAUAGCCACGUCCUGUGAUGUUGCACUUGAAUUCAUCUGUGAGACACCUGGAGAACUAGGUGAAGAGGUCGAAGAUGACGAAUCAGCACGAGAAAAUGGAUACGACCUUUGUGAAGAACCGAUGGACAUUGAGUGCCGAGAAGUAGGAGACGAUUACGUGCUAGCGGAUGGAGGCAUGUCAAUGGAUGGUCACACCAUAUGCUCCUUAGAAACCGGUGCCUACUGUGAAUACAACUGUUCAAACUAUGAAGUACGCUACAAGUGUUGCCAUGCAAUGACAGAAUGCACAACGCCUGGACCAACCACUACACCACCCACAACAGCAGCACCCACCACUGCAGCCCCCACAACUGCGGCACCGACCACAGCAGCACCCACCACUGCAGCCCCCACAACUGCGGCACCGACCACAGCAGCACCCACAACUGCGGCACCGACCACAGCAGCACCCACAACUGCGGCACCGACCACAGCAGCACCCACAACUGCGGCACCCACAACUGCGGCACCCACAACUGCGGCACCGACCACAGCAGCACCCACAACUGCAGCACCCACAACUGCGGCACCGACCACAGCAGCACCCACAACUGCAGCACCCACAACUGCGGCACCGACCACAGCAGCACCCACAACUGCGGCACCGACCACAGCAGCACCCACAACAGCAGCACCCACAACUGCGGCACCGACCACAGCAGCACCCACAACUGCAGCACCCACAACUGCGGCACCGACAACUGCAGCACCCACAACUGCGGCACCGACCACAGCAGCACCCACCACUGCAGCCCCCACAACUGCGGCACCGACCACAGCAGCACCCACAACCACUGCAGCACCACCCACCACAAUAUGUGAACCUAUACUUGAAUGGUCUGAAUGGAUUGAUACACACUGCCCUCCUACAGUAUGCGAGGAUGGUGUGGAACUUUCGCUAGGACUGUCCUGCUAUGAGAUUGGACCAACUGAUGCAGAUAACUAUACUGAUGCAAAUAUAUACUGUGCUGCUAACGGUGGCUUCGUGGUGACUCUUUCAUCUGCGGAUGAAGUGGGAUAUUUAAUGGAGCAGUUUGGUCAGGACACAUUCUAUAUAAAUGCACAAUGGUCAACAAGUGACAACAAAUGGCUUUUGGAGGACGGUUCCCCUGCUGACAUGCUGGAGCUGCUAGAUGUGCCAGAUGGAAGCUCUUCCACGCCAUGCCUGAUGAUGAUGGAUGGAGAACUCACUGCUGAAUCUUGUGACAUUGCUACUCAAGUCAUUUGCGAGAGCACAGGAACACCAGGUCCAGAGGAUGAAGACGAUGAGUCAGCACGAGAUGAAGGAUAUGACAUCUGCGAAAAUCCCAUAGAUAUUGAGUGUCAAAACCUAAACACCGGUGAAAUACUGGAGAAUGGAGGGGUGGGGUCAGAUGGCCUUACGUGCACCUUAGAGGAUGGUGCUCAAUGUGACUACAACUGUGACAACUGGCAAGUCAGAUACGAAUGUUCCUAUCCAAUGCCACAAUGUACAACAACUGCACCACCCACAACAACUGCAGCACCACCCACCACAACUGCAGCACCACCCACCACAACUGCAGCACCACCCACCACAACUGCAGCACCACCCACAACAACUGCAGCGCCACCCACAACCACUGCAGCACCACCCACCACAAUAUGUGAACCUAUACUUGAAUGGUCAGAAUGGAUUGAUACGAACAAUCCUACAGUAUGCGAGGAUGGUGUGGAACAUUCGCUAGGAGAGUCCUGCUAUGAGACUGGACCCACUGAUGAAGAUAACUAUUCUGAUGCAAGUGCAUACUGUGAUGCUAAUGGUGGUGUCGUGGUGACUCUUUCAUCUCAGGAUGAAGUGGUAUAUUUAAUGGAGGAGUUUGGUGAUGACACAUUCUAUAUAAAUGCACAAUGGUCAACAAGUGACAACAAAUGGCUUUUGGAGGACGGUUCCCCUGCUGACAUCUUGGAGCUGCUAGAUGUGCCAGAUGGAAGCUCUUCCACGCCAUGCCUGAUGAUGAUGGAUGGAGAACUCACUGCUGAAUCUUGUGACAUUGCUACUCAAGUCAUUUGCGAGAGCACAGGAACACCAGGUCCAGAGGAUGAAGACGAUGAGUCAGCACGAGAUGACGGAUAUGACAUCUGUGAAAAUCCCAUAGAUAUUGAGUGUCAAAACCUGAACACCGGUGAAAUACUGGAGAAUGGAGGGGUGGGGUCAGAUGGCCUUACGUGCACCUUAGCGGAUGGUGCUCAAUGUGACUACAACUGUGACAACUGGCAAGUCAGAUACGAAUGUUCUUAUCCAAUGCCACAAUGUACAACAACUGCACCACCCACAACUGCAGCACCACCCACAACAACUGCAGCACCACCCACAACAACUGCAGCACCACCCACAACAACUGCAGCACCACCCACAACUACUGCAGCACCACCAACCACAACUGCAGCACCAACCACAGCAGCGCCAACCACUGAAGCACCAACCACGGCUGCACCAACCACUGCAGCACCAACCACAGAAGCACCUACCACUGCGGGACCCACAACAUUAGUACCCACAACAUUAGUACCUACAACUGUGGCACCCACAACCACUUGUGCCGAUACCUGUAACGUCUUACACCUGCCUUCUCUUUAUACCAGUAAGAAAUGGUUUUACACUGUUGGCACCACAUGGACUGUUCAGAAUUGCUUUACAUACACCUGCUCAGACUGUGGUGAGAUUAUUGUCGACGAGCCUGAAUGUCCACCCCCUCUUGGUGGUCUCUGUCAAAAUGGCAAGAUUCCGCUAUAUUUCAGCGACGGAUGCUGUACACAUUUUGCUUGUGGAUGUGAAUGCAUCGGUUGGGGAGACCCUCACUACCAGGGCAUGGAUGGAGGUUAUUUCCCAUUCCAAGGUGCUGGCGAUUUCGUCCUUUCCCAGUCGACUGCAAACGACCUCUUUUCUAUCAUUGGCACCAAUGUCGACUGCAGAACUCUACCCAACGCUAACUUCUUCUACCACAAUAGUCCCUACGGUCCAGACGAUGUUGUUACCUGCACAUCCGCCAUUACCCUUCAUUACGGGGGGCACGAAUUCAAGGUUGUUCAUCAAAACCUUCAGAUGUACAUUGAUGGCUCACCAACAGCAUGGGGUACCUACAGAGUAGGUGGUGUGGAAGCCAUCCGAAAGUUUGGGAAUGUCGAUGUCUGGUUUUGGAUCGAGCAAUAUGGAAUCUUCGUCCAGUACAGCAACCUGGGCUACAAGGUCACCAUCCGAAUAGAGCCAGGAGACCUAGCAGCUUAUGGCAUAGAUGGUCUUUGCGGGACUUGUAAUAACAAUCAGACCGAUGAUUGUUCGGAGGUCAACCCGGAGGAGUGUGGUUGUGAGUACCUGGUAGAGAACGGACUCGCUCACAAGAAUGACUGCAUUGCGACCACACCACCCCCACCGAAUGAGAACUGCACGCAUCUCGUGGAUGUCUGCGAUGAAUACCUCAGUGCAAAUCCCAUAAGGAACUCACUAAUGGAGGAGUGCUUCAAGUUUGUGGACCCUGAGGUGUUCCGUCGAGCCUGUAGAUAUGAUGUGGCUCAUUGUGUAUCCGAGUGCGAGUCAAUUGAAGCCUUUGCCACCACCUGUUUCGAAGAAUCCAGACGCCAGAACGAGCCCAUAUGCAUCGACUGGCGGUCCGAGUUACCACAUUGCUCAUUGAACUGCUCCGAAAGUCUGGUCGAGCGGUCUUGUACGUGCCAGACAACGUGUGACGCACCGGACGACCACUGUGAUGACGCCGACAUGAUACAAGAUGGCUGCUUCUGUCCAGAUGGGUAUUUGUUUGACGAGGACACCAACCAAUGUGUUCCUGAAGAGGAAUGCCUUCACUGUGUGGACGACCAAGGCAACCCUGUACCGAUUGGCUCCACAUGGGUGCCAGGAGGUGAUAGUUGCCAGAUCUGCACUUGCCAUGGUCCCAACUACUUUGACUGUGAGUAUAAGGAAUGUGUACCAGUUGAGCAACCAGUCUGCGAAGGACUCUGUAAAAUCAAGAGGAAUGUGGACAAUUUUGACCCCUGCUGCCCAGAGUAUGAGUGUGCCUGUGAAGUGCCCUGUGACGUCCCACCUGUUCCCGUGUGUGGUUAUGGGUAUGUUGCAAUCAAUGUACAGAGCCCAGACGACUGUGGCCCAAUCUAUGAAUGCAUUUGCGACAACAGUACUUGUGACCCGACCUUGCCAGAAUGCAAUCAGUUUGAGGAGCUACAAAUAACCGACACCGACUGUUGUAACAUUUACGAAUGUGUGUGCGUCGGUUGCCCGCCACUACCAGAAAUAUCAUGUGAAGAUGGUUAUGAACCAGUGGAAGUGCCUUUCAACUUUGGUUGUAACUGCUCUACUCUUGAAUGCCAACCACUACCAGACUACUGCAUCUAUGAGGAUUCUGACUUUGUUGAUUACAUCACACAACUUGGGAUUCCUCUUCCUCCCGGCAUAGAUAUCGGCCAAACAUUCUACGAGCCGGGAGACAUAUGGCAGGCAGCCUUUGGAUGUGUGGAAUGCACCUGUCUGGAAACAGUGGAAGAUGAAAACCAUGAACAUGGCGGUCGCCUGCAUGAAAUCGAAUGUUACCCCACAGAAGAUUGCGAUACAACGUGCCCAGAACCAUGCACGGCAUAUACGCCAAGCACAAUACCGGGGACGUGCUGCGGAACGUGUGAACCUAUUCCUUGCUGCGUAGUUGGAUUGGAUGGCGGGGAAACAUUCUAUGGCGUAAAUGACACCUAUGGACUUCCGGGAGACAAUUGCACCGUGUGUGAAUGCAUUGAAAUUGUGGCACCUCCCUUCAGCCACCCUACGGUGAUGGAGACUUGUAUGCCGCAUAUUUGCUUGCCUGAACCUGAACUACCUGGGUUCUGUUACCACGAUCCAUACACUGUUGAGACCUACACUGAGGGAGGACCCGAAGGAUUCUGUUGUGUGAAGCACAACUGUUUCAGAAGGGAGGGCACACCAGAGGAAUCAUGCCAGCCAUACAACUAUACCGAUAAUAUUCACUAUUCGACUGAGGAUGAAGAUGGUCAUGAGCUUGACUGUGUCAGUACAGCAAAAGUACUGCACACCUACUGUGAGGGUCAAUGCACUACCCAAGCCACUCUUCACACAUCACCACCACAUUGCCCGCCUGACUGGCACUCAGAUGACGGUAUCAGCUGCUACAAGAUCAUACACGAAGAACGUGAUUACCAAGGUGCAGCGGACAAAUGCGCAGAGUUAGACGGACGGCUUGCAAGCUUUUGGACUGCAGACAAGGAGGCAUACCUGCUGCAGCUGUUGGCAAAUUAUACAGGCACACAAGAUCUCUGGGUGGGCUUGGCGAUUGACCCGGACACAGGAGUAUGGACAUGGACUGAUGGAAUGGAAGCUGAACCUAACACGAACUGGGCGUCCAUCACCGAAGCAAUCGAUGGAGAUAUCUGCGCAGCGGUCACGCCUGCUGGCGUUUUCGUUUCUAGGGACUGCCUCUGGUCCUUCCCAUUCAUCUGCGAACGUGCGCCAACUACUAAGGUGAGGGACCUGUGCCGCUGCUGUACUGCCAGUACUUUCGAGGAAGAGGAUGUCCCCAUGUACUGUAGUAGUUCCAGUCCCACUGGUGAAGACAAGUCCUUCUACUUCAGUCACCGCAUCAUCACCGAAUGUGUCUGUGAAGAACACUACUGUGAGGAUGAAGAUGAGCAUGAAGUUCCCUUGGGCUAAAUGAAGACUGACGAUACGCGCAUAACGUAAACGGACCCGUAUAACGAGCUACGACUACGAUUUGAACAAAACGGACCGGUAUAACGAUUUUACGACCAUGAAUUAACCUAAUCGGACUGAUAUAACGAGAGAAGACCACGGCGAAACCACGUGCGGACCAACAACGAUUAUCGGAAAACAUGCUGUUUGACAGGAUUGCUGGCUAAGAUCUACAAAACUGAACCUCAACUGUUUCUUUUCUCCCCAUCAAAUCAAAUGUUGUAUCUUUAUGAUGCAACCUCACUUCACAUACACUGAUGUAUUACUCUCUUCCUAACUCAGUAAUUCAUACCUAUAUCAUUUUAAUCUCAAUUAUUUCUCUAAAAAGGUAUAUAGACCUUCCCUUCCUGGUCUACUCAUACCACAGUUCGCGCCAACUUCUUCUUUAAAAAACUAAUCUCACUCGAGGUACCGAAUGGCUUGGUUGAAAGACUUAAUGUCCUCAGCAUGUUGAAUUUUAUCAAUUUAUUUUUUGUAGUUGCCUAGGAUGAGUUGCCUAUAGUCAUAGGAGUGAAGGUUGACUUUGAAGAGAUGAACACAUCAUGAUGAGACCAGAAGGUUGCAAAAAAAUAAAUCAUAAGCAUAAAAAAACAUGUCAACAUCUGAUGAAGAGCAACUUAGAAAUGGUUGUAGUAAACUUGAAAACAUCUGACGAUUGAAUAUGAGCAUCACUCAAAGAUACGGUAGACGAUUGCAAAUAUUUGCUUCAUUCUGCAUUGUUGGAAAAAAAGAUACACAAAUAAAACAAGUAACCCGGAUUUAAGCAAUGUAGAAAUAACUGGAAAUGUGAAAUAAUCAAGGACAAAAAAACAACAAGCAGGUAACGCAAAUUGUAGGAACAUGGCAAACCAACUGUAAAAUGGCUGGGAUACAAGUGUGUAUAAGGCUUCUGUCACAAUAACAUCACGUGGCAAAGUGUCAGUCAAAGAGGAGAGAGCAGGAUUUUGGGCAGGAUCGGCGAUUUGGGCAGGAUCGCCAACUAAGAACUGAACAUGUUAGUCUGUAGAUAACAUCUGGAAUGCGUUAUACUUUGACAUUGAGACAAAGGGCUUCCUAGAAUGGCCCCCAAAGAAUGUAUUUGAUACAGAUCAUUAUAUACACUGAUGUGCAAUCAACAAAUAUAUGCUACGAUCUUGAGAGGUUAGAGAGAAUAGACAUGUUGCUUGUCAUUUCCUACACUGCGAUAGAAUUUCAAUGGUAUCAGCGUAUCUUUCUCAAAGGUAUUUCAUUUAUUUCUUAAAUAUCGGUGCUGAAAAGUUAUCGAAGGUAGGAAUGAUUCCAACGGACAUGGAUAACCAGGAUUUGAAUACUAAAUUUCAAAAGUUGCUAUGAUGUCCCACAUAUCAUAUCAUGAUAACUAUCUUAGAAGUUCAUACAAUAUAGUAUUUCAUCACCUAAACCAAUGGAAUUUCAUAGCCUUACACUGACUUUCUUCCACACAAAUACUGUACAAAUCCUGGUCACAAAAGAGCACCGUAGUUAACGUUCUUCUAGGCAUUAGAAUAAAAGCGCAAGCAUCAAAUAUAAUGUCUUCAGUCUC